GGAAGUGUUUCAAACUGAGACACAAAAUUAGUUUAGUUGAAAGUCUGGUAAAAUUCUUGUUAAUUUUCUACUGGAAUAUUGUCUCUCAAACUUCAAAAUGGCUUUAUCGGACUGUAUGACAUGUGUCAAAUACAUGAUGUUUGCUUUUAACUUCUUAUUUUGGUUAUGCGGAUGUGCGCUUCUUUGUGUAGGCCUGUGGCUCUGUUUCGAUCCCACAGUGCGUGAGUACACAUACGCAGCAGAAGAGCUAGAAGAAUACUACAUCGCAGUGUAUGUUCUCAUCGGAAUUGGUGGAUUAAUGAUGUUGAUUGGCUUCUUAGGAUGCUGUGGAUCUUGUCUCGAAAAUACUUGUUUGUUAUGUACUUUCUUUAUGUUCCUGAUGUUGAUUUGUAUUCUCGAAGUUGGUGGCGGGCUCUUUGCAUAUUUUAAGCAAACAGAGGUUGAAACACUAAUCAAAAAAAAAAUGCCGGAAUCUCUCAGUAAAUAUGGCAGCGACAACCAGGUUAAAAAGGCGAUUGAUACCAUACAAAAUGAUUUGUCGUGUUGUGGAGUGAAUGGUCCAUUGGAUUGGCGAAAUACAAGCUAUUACAGUGAGAAUGAUAUUCCGCAGUCAUGUUGCAUUAAUAAAAACAGCUGUAGUAUGAAGAAUAUUCCUAACUCAAACACAGACAUUGAUUUUACGACAUUCAAUAUCAAGUCCGAAGGUUGUGCAGGGGGUUUAUACGUAGCCCUUCAACAGAAUGUGACGCUAGUUGCUGGGCUUGUAAUUGGAAUUGGUGCAGUACAAGUACUGGGUAUGAUCUUUUCCUUGUGUCUCUGUUGUGCAAUAAGGAACUCCGACAAGAAUUAUCCUGUUUGAUUUACCAAAUGAAAUUUAUCUGGAUUCUGGGAACCGAGUGAGAUUUCUGUUGAUCUCGUCUUUUAUUUCAACUUAAAUAGGCCUAUAAUCUCAUUUUCUAAGAAGCAUGCGUGUGUUACAGACAAAACUAAUAAUCACACAUGGUGUCAAGUAUUAAUUCACAUAGGCCUAUAAAUUUGUUAAUUUCAGUGACUGAUUUUAACAAUUGAGACAGGGUCCUGUUAGUCCUAAAUUCUAUAAAUACUGUAAACAUCAUUUUAAAAUGUUUAGAUACUCUCUGGUAAUUUCGACAGAUGUACUUAUUUUAAUUGACUCAAAUGUCCCACCGUGAAACUACUGUAAUUCUCUCGUUUAUAAAAUUAUUAUAGCGACCAAUAUACUAUCCAGUUAAGCAUGUUUGCGUACAAAAAAUAUUGAAUUUUAAAUUUGCAUAAUCAAGCACCCUCUCACGAGAGUCAUUGAAUGUAUUUUGAUAAUUUUAUGUAACUUGAUAAUAAUGUUGUAACAUCUACAUAGUAUUUGAUGUAUAGACCAACGGUAGUGGUAUGUCAUUAUGUAUACACAGACCGUCCAAUAACUGAAUUAUUCUUGCUUACUACACCGUAAUAUAUAUAAAAAAGUUUUAACUUUAAUACCUAUGAUGUACAGACAGGACCAACAAACGGACAGCACAUUCAGUUACUAACCAUUUCUGUGGAUCUAGUUCUUACUAGAAUGCUUCAUACGCAAGAGGCUUGGUGUAAAACUAACGAUUGCGUUUUUGUACACCAGUCAACCUUUUGUGUGGGCGUGUACGCGCAUACUUGCAAGUGGUUAAAAUCUUAAUCGACUGCACAUAGCUUGUUCACAUUACAGCACAAUGAAACGCAACUAAUGCGUUACUUGCUUAGAACCAAUGCGUCUAAUUUGCUCUAGUGUGAACAAGAUUAAUGGCGUGCGUAGUCGUAUACGCUAGCGUUACCGCCAAAACGCGUACCUAAAAUAAUUGGUCUAGUGUGAACUUAGCUUGAGGAUACCUAGGACUUUGGUGUUUGUUAUGUGUUGGAUGAAGGUGUGGUUUACUGUCGUACAAUGUUUUAUUAGUCUUUUUAAACGACCAAUUUAUAUGCAUGUUUGUAAGAUAAUAUUUUUGUAAUAAUAUGUAGAUAAUGUAUUGUCAUUUUCAUGUUACUAUUUUAAAAUAGCUGCGUUGUAUAUGCAAAAUGCAGUUAUGUUUUAAGUAUUAGUAGUAAUUUUAGACAGGGUUAAGUACAGUACAUUUGGAUCAUUUUACCGACCAAUCGUAGCCUACCUCUAAUGGGGAUUAGUAUUUUGAGUGAGGCCUAAAAUAAAUAAGCAUUUUUAAUAAUACCAUAGCAAUAAUAGUAGCAGGUCUGGGGCGCAAAAGACGAGGUUGUGUUGGGUAGUAGCGGUGUAUAGACGCCGAAUCAUGCUUCCAUCCAUAGAAACUGUUUUUUGUAGGUGUCCAGAAAGGUGUUUUUUUACAUACAGUAAUAUUGCACAAAUUGCCAUGUUUUUAGCCGUAUACUAUUCACAAAUCAGGACAUAUUAGACAAGCAGGUUUCAUUAUUCCUUUCAGAUGUUUAAUAAUAUUAUUAGAGUACCAGAUUGUUCAUUUUUUAUCAUCUUUGUAAUUGUCAUUUUUGGAAUAUUACGGUAACCUACAGACCAUAUCGAAGGGCCUAUGGAUCAUAGUUUGUUUAAGUAAAUAAGCCAGUUCGUAAUUCGAAACGCGCAUGCCCUUACCAAGGUCAAUGGACAUAAACAAGCAUAAAACACAACAUAGGUUUAUGUCGAUUGACUUCAGUUGACGAUAUGCGGACAUAAUAAUAAUAAUAAUAGUUGGAUUUGUAGAGCGUAUCAUGCGAAAAAGCCUCUAUGCGCUUGGUGAUUGAGCUCUUUGAGUUGGACAUUUUGAGAAAAAAAGAAAGUUUAAGUUAUUUUUAUGAAACUAAAAAAACCUACUCCUUAAACUAAGGCAUGUUUGAACCACGAAUUGCGCAGUUUGAACCACGAAUUGACUUAUAAUUAUAUAGUUCGCAAAUAGAGAUUGUAACAUCACUUGCUUAUAUGUUUUCAAUCUUCAGCGUCGAACGACGCGUAAACAUGACUUGACGAUGUGGUUUCUUUUCUCGUACUAUAUUAGUACCUUAAAGAAAUAAUAAUUAUUGUGGGAUGGGGUGUAAGAAUUCCAGCAACCCCUAUUCAACACAAGCUUUCUACGCUCCUUGAUCCAAACUGUUGCUAUGACUUAUUUCUAAUUACCAAUACUAUAAUAAUAACCAAAAAUGAAUUAAAUGUCCAAAUAAGUUGUUUUAUUUAUAUAACGGGUACGUGUGUCAUAUUAUUAUAGUUGAUCGAAUGGCUGAUGCGUGCGUUAGAAAUAAUGCUAUAUUCAGACAUGCUUUGUUUUUGAAUGAUAACGGAAUAUGAAGAAUGCUAUUUGUUGUACCAUCUCACUAUAUUGCUGUGCUUGCCGACUUAAAGUUAAUAAUAUUGUACCGAUACUGUAUUCCGCUGUUUUUACAUAUGAAUGUUGCUUUGUGUAUAAAUAAACAACUGCCAAUGUGCCAA